CACAGUUGAAUAGUACGCAUAAAAUGGAGCCCCUCCAUCUGUAUUCAGAAUUCUCGUAAGAGGCGUGAAGCCCUUGGACUUCCACCGCUGCCAGAUGAAUCUCUGCCAGCUGCACCGCUGCACAUCAGACCCUUAGACCCUUAGACCCUAAGUGGCUGGCUUACAUUAUUACGUUAAAUUCAUUCCUUUCCUGCUGGCCUAGAAAAUGUACCGCUUCUCAUUUAAGAGAGUCAUUAGCCAAAGUGAUUAAUUGGAGGGGAAAUAAAAACCAUUUGAGGGUGCCCAUUACCUACUCGCAUUUAGUUUGGAUCUGAACACACUUUAAACACGCAAUAAGUAAAAACAAAAAUUAGCUUUAUCUGUUUCCAAAUCGAAUCGAAAUACCGGCUUUUGGGCCAAACUAAUUGCCCUGGCCAUCAGGCCGCGUAAUUGCCAAAUAAUGAACAGAGUUACACAUCCAGAAAAACAAAAAAACUGUGAUCAAAUUGCAACCAACUGCCAGAGGAGACUCAACAUGCAGUGGAGCCUGUUGCUGAUUCUGAUUUUGAUUCUAAUUGCCCCGUGGCCGUGCUGCCUGGGCGCCUACUUCAAGUUCACCAACGUGGAGUGCAAAAUUCUGGAUCCGAAAUUCGUCGAGUUCAAAGAGUGCUACCUGAAGCUGGUGCGCCGCAAUGUGGUGGGCAUGAACUUCCAUCUGGGCGUGAAGACUGACAGACCCAUAGACAAGAUCGAGUUCAAUCUGUGCAUAUACCGCAAGUCGAAUGUCUACAGGCUCUUCAUGGUCAAUCAUACGCUGGACUUUUGCUACUACAUGAAGAAGCCGCAACAGUAUCCGCUCUUCUACAUAUUCCACGACUCGCUGAUGAGCGCCACAAAUGCCAAUCACACCUGUCCCUAUCAAGAAAAGGAUAUCUAUCUGAGGAAGAUGACGCUCAGCGAGCAGGCCGUCCGGGACCUGCCACUGCCCAAUGGCGAAUACAAGCUGACGGUGACUGUGGGCGCUUUUAAGGUCUGGCGCCUACAGGUCAACUUGUAUGGAGUGCGUGGAUAGUUUUUCAAUCAUCGUUUUU